AUGACAUCCGUCGGCCCUCGCAAGACCUUCAGGACAGUGAAAAGUAUGUUCCAACGCAUAUCGGAAAAUUUGAAAGAAGAAUUGAAUAUUACUCGAAGUUGGUCGCAAUGCCAGAAUCGUUAUAAAACUAUAAUGCGACGUAAGAAAGACGCUGUUAAUAAUAAUAAUUCAACGGGUCGAAAUCGUAUAACUGUGCUUUAUGAAGCGGAAUUAUCAGAAAUAGCGACUAAGGAUGACAGUAUCCUACCAGAGGUACUGAUGGGUACAAAACGUACAAUUCUUAACAAAAAGACUCCUGAUAAUUCCUUGCUAGAAAAUAUAAAUGACAAUGAUGAGAAGCAAUCAAAGAUAAAAAGGAAGAAAAAGGAGGAUACAUCCAUUAAUAAUAUUUUGAAAGAAGCUUACGCCAAAAAAGAAGAAGGUAAAGAAAGAAGGCACAAGGAAAAAAUGGAACUCUUAAUGAAAUUUAUAGAAAAACAAGUUGGUCCUUUGGAUGCAUGA